AUGUAUGUCUCACACAGAAUUUUGUUGAGGUUUGGAUGCUUAAUUGCAAUUAAAAGGUGUUCGGAAUCUUUGAAUUUAAAAGAGCUGGUGGAAUUUGUCAUUCUUAAAUGGAAACAGCUGAAAAAAUGUAAUAUUACGUUAACGUAUAUCCUUGCGGAUUACGGCGAGUGUAUUCUGUCGGACGAUGAUGACAUGGUUUCGAUGUUUGAUAUGAUGAAAUUGUUGUCAUUAGAGUGUAUUGAGGUUAUUGUGAAAGAGAAUAAUCGGUUUCUGGUGGGCGCAAAUCCUUCAUGUGUUGACCAUGUUCAAUUACCCGUAACACAGUACAAUAGGAGUGUGGUUGUGAAUGAGAUGAAUGUUGAGGGAGUCGUUGACACUUCGGUUGGUAAGAAAUUGUUGAGUGCUGAGUGGGUUCAUUUGAUUAAAGAGGUAGGACAAGUUUUUUUGGGUGGAGUUGAUGAAUUUAGAAAAUGCUUGAUUAAGUUUUCGGUUGAGAUGGGAUUUGAGUUUGCGUAUGUGAAGAACGAGUCGUACAGAGUGACUGCUGAAUGUAGAUUUAAACAUGAGGCUCAGUGUUCGUGGAGGAUUCAUGCUUCUAUUUCUAAAUCGAAUGGUUCUUGUUACAUUCGUAAGUACAACAAAGAGCAUCAAUGUGGCAUGUUUUUUGGUACUGUAAGUAGGAGGAGAAUGACGUCGCGUGUCAUAAUUGAUUUGAUAGAAGGUGAUAUCAGGGCAAUGCCAGGUAUUACGCCCCGUGAGGUUCAAAAACAGGUGAAGGAAAAAUUUGGCGUUGAGAUUAGUUAUUUUGUUGCGUGGAAAUCUACUGAUGCGGGUCGAAAUAGGAUUUUCGGGGACCACAACAGCUCGUAUGCAUACCUGCCGUCAUAUUUUGCUGAAGCUGAGAGGACGAACCCCGGAAGCAUAUUCAAUUUGGAUAUUGAUGAGUCCAAGCGAAUUUUUCGCCGAUGUUUUUUUGCCUUUGCAGCUUGCUUGGUAGGAUUCAAGUCAUGCCGCCCCGUGGUGAUGCUUGAUGGGACUUUUUUGAAGGGUAAGCACAAGGGGAUCCUGUUGAGUGCUAUUGGGAAAGACGGUGAUGAAGGAGUUAGGCAAAUUUUUCCAGAUGCUUUACACGGCUACUGUUACAAACAUUUGACUCGUAAUUUGCAGCACAGGUUCAGGGGUGUUGCUCCAAACUUUCGUGACGCGGUACUGGCACAGUUUGCAAAUUGUGCUUAUGCGGUUACGAAUGAAGAUUUUGCCCGCUGUAUUCAGAAGUUGAGAGCUACUGGUGGCAAGAAAGUGUGCAAUUUUUUAGAUGGUAUUCCAAAGGAGAAGUGGGCAAAUGCACAUUUUGAGGGUCUGAGGUAUGGUCAAAUGACAUCGAAUGGGUGUGAGUCGUGGAAUUCUCAGGUAGGCGAUGAACGGUACCUGCCUAUUACUAGCUUGAUUGACGGGAUUAGAAUGUUGUUGAUGGAGCAACUUAGUGAUCGAUUGGGGGAUGGAAAUAGGUGGACAACUGUGCUGACCGAGUCCGUUGACAAAAAAAUGAGACAGCUAGUUGAUAAAGGGAGGACAUGGGAACGUAAAAAGUCGUCGGAAACUGUGUAUGAAGUUUUAUCGACGCCGAAUGCUGUUGUGGAUCUGCGAGAGAGAGUGUGUUCGUGUAAGCUUUGGCAAAUCAACGGGCUUCCAUGUGCACACGCUGCUGUUGUGAUUUUCUUAGAAAUAGGUGGUGGUUACGAAUAUAUUGAUAAAUGGUUUCAUAGAUCAACUUUUGUCCAAAGUUAUUCUGGUUCAGUUGUGCCGUUUGUUAGACUGGAUAAUGACAUUGCAGAUAGUGACAUUGGGCCACCUGAGUAUCAUCCAUCACGUGGCAGGCCUAAACGGAAGAGGAUCCCUUCUAAUGGGGAGUUUACAUCUCGGAAAAUGAGAUGCAGCCAUUGCAAAGAAGUUGGGAAUCAUAACAAGAAAACAUGCCGGAAAUGA